AGCGCUCAAGAAAUACAAGCGGCCGUUCGUCGGCCGGAGGCGUACGUGCGCCAGGCAAAACACUUCUUGCGUCCAUCCCGUUCUUCUUCUUCUACCUUUGUCCAGCUGAGAGAUAGAGAGAGCUCAGGUGAGGAGAGCUAGGGCUAGACCCCAACAUUUGGUAUCGGAGCCUCGUGCGACCGGGGACCUCGACGACCAUGGCGCUCGUCCCGUAAUCCGGCGGGUCGGGGACGACGAUGUCGACGUCGGUUCCUAUGCUGACGGGGGAGAACUACACCACCUGGGCCAUCAAGGUGGAGGCUGAUCUCGACGCUGCCGGGCUCUGGGAGGCGGUGGCUCCGGCGGAGGACUCGGCGGCGGCGGUGAUCGCGAAGAAGGACAAACCCGCGCGCCUAUCUGCUGCGAGCGCUCGCCGAUGAUUUGCAGCUGCAGGUCGCGUCGAAGAAGACGGCGGCGGAGAUUUGGGCGAGCUUGCGGGCUAGGUUCGUGGGCGCGGACCGUGUGCGUGCGGCAAGGCUCGGCACGCUUCGGGGGGAGUUCGAGCUCCUGCGCAUGGCGGAGUCCGAAACCCUGGACGCGUUCGCCGGCAGGCUUGGAGGCAUGGCGGCGCGGUACGCGGCAUUGGGCUCAACCCUGGAGGACUCCGCGCUCGUCAAGAAGCUGCUCGACUCGGUGCCGGACCGCCUGUACGCGGUGGUGGCAGGGAUCGAGCAGUUUUGCGACGUGUCGGAGAUGCUCUUCGAGGACGCGCUGGGUCGUCUCAAGGCAUUCGACGAGAGGCUGCGGAGGCGUGGGCAAGACGGCGGCGAUCGCGGCGGCGACCAGCUGUUGCUGACCACGGCACAGUGGCGUGCGCGCGAGCGGCGUCGGGGCGGUGCGCAUGGAGAUGACGACGGCGACGGGGCGCGCAGCGAGGCGUCGGGCUUCGGCGGGAAACGGCGCGGCCGCUGCUACAAGUGCGGUGAACGCGGGCACUUCAAACGCGAGUGCCUGCAGUGGAAGAAGGCGCCGGUGGCGGAGCAUGCACUGCUGGUCGACGGCGACGUCGAGAAUGCCGGCCUGCUCUGAGCCGCGUCUUAGGGCGAGAAUGUUACGUGUAAUAAGUCGCGGCGACGCGCUGCACAUGUCCGGUGCGUGUAUGGGUGCGCAACAGACGUGUGUGUGGUGCGUCGGGACCGCGGGGGCGUAUGUGUGUGUCCACGCGUUCGAGCGCGUGGGCCGUUGCGUGUAGGCAAGAUACACGGAGGAGUGACUGCGUCGGGGCGCUGGACUCGGCCUGCGGCGACUGCGUGCGUGUGCGUCGUGUGCGCGGGCGUGAGCGCGGGAUGCAGGGAGAGCUGCUUGUGCCAUGCGUGCAUUGGAAUUGGUCUGGAGCUUGCCGCGUACGUAGAGCGGGCGAGAUGCAUGCAGUAGCUGGCCGUUGGAGUCCGUUGGAGUCCCGCCGCAGCGCGCGAAUGCGAGAGUGUCGUGGGCGCAGGCGAGACGUGCGGAUCAGCGCGAGUCUCCUAAAAAAACUGCAUGCACGGGAGCGGCCAGAUCGCCGGGUGAGCGCGUGUGCGCAUGUAUAGCUGGGCUAUAUAACUGGUUCUGUAGCCAGUGUGUUGAGUGGUGCGAGCGCUCAAGAAAUACAAGCGGCCGUUCGUCGGCCGGAGGCGUACGCGCGCCAGGCAAAACACUUGUUGCGUCCAUCCCGUUCUUCUUCUUCUACCUUUGUCCAGCUGAGAGAGAGAGCUCAGGUGAGGAGAGCUAGGGCUAGACCCCAACAUACUAGAGGACUGGUGGCACAACUAUUUACCUCUUCUGAAGU